AUGCUCGUCCGAAUCGAUAUUGUCCAUUCGAAUCCGUUGGUCGCCCAAUCCUUCUUUGCAUUUACGAUGGACGGUGUGGGUGAUGUUUGUUCCGGUGCCAAAGAAGAUUCAGAGCGAAGUGUACAAGGAUAUCUGCGCCUGGACGCAGCUCACAAGCUUCGAGCUCAGCAAGAGAUGGUGAAGGCGCCUUCCGACCUGGCUCUAGACAAGUUGCGGCAGAAGAAGGUUGAAGCUGUGAAAGCUCUGAUGGAUGACCCAACUGAGUUUGGGUUGAAAGUUCGAAAGAAUGCUAAGAAUGCGGUCAAGAACUUGUUGGUACAAGUCUCCCAAGCUCGGAAGGGACCACUGAAAGAUUUCAACGAUGCAGAACGUUCCUUGUCGAACGGCUUGAAGGACGCCGACAAAUGCAUCAAAGAGGCCCUCACGUUCUAUCAGCAGCUCGAUACAGCCGCUGCCAAGAGUGACGAAGCUUUGCAGCUGGUCAUUGCCAGACGGGAACUGGUUGACGUUUUGAAGAAUGAGAAGACAAUGAGCCAGGACACUGCUGAGAAGCUGUCAACAAUGCGGUCUCGUGUUCUUCUUCAAGACCGCAACGACCUCGACUUCGUGGCCAAUGCUGAGAUCCUUGAUGGCUCGGUCGAUGCACAUAGGUCAUCCAUUGAUGCGUUAAAGAAGGCUGGAAAGGCAGUAGAAUGGAUCGGGAACAAAGGAGCCCUGAAGAAGGCACAGGAUCUCGAACAGAAAGAACAGCUGAAGGAGCAGUCGCGGUGCAAUGCCAGAUUGAAAAGGCUUGCGGACAAAGAUGCAAAAGCCGAGGCAAGAGCCCAGGCCAAAGAAGACCGUGCAGCAGCCGCGGCUGAGGCGGCUGCAAAAAAAUCAAAGGAUGCAGAUGCGCAAGGCGAUGAUGUCCCCGAUGAUGGGAAUGGGAAGUCAUCCAAGUCAAAGACGAGCCGGCUUGGAAGGGCAAUGGCUUCGGAACUGACGGACGCUGAUCCGGCAGUGCUGAGGAAUCGCCGCCAGGCAAUCGAAAACCUUGAUCCCGGUGCCGUUGUGGAAGCUUUCGCAUAUGGACUUCCAGCCCUUGUCAAGACAAAAUCAGUCAUCAAGAAGAUUGCGAUGCAGGCGCGAUCGGAGAAGAGCCGCCUGCAACAGAUUGUCGAUGACGCACCGCUUCCGGAAAAGCUGUCAUUGUCGAGCCAGAUCAAGGCGACGGAGGAGCGCUUCGAGAGAAGGGAAAAAAACGAACAUGAGGUUGUGCGCCAGCAGUUUGGCAACGGCAGAGAUGUGUACGAGGCCUUGCGGACGGCCUUGGGCGAUGAAGCGACUGCCAACCUGGCUCAGAUAGUGAUAUCUGGGUGCAGGCAAAACUGCGUGUAUACAGGGCUCAACUCCGGCCCUGGAUUAGCAUCCGUACAAUACCAGCACUCGGGUGCUCGAUUGAUCAGCUUUGCAAAUUUCGCUGAACUGGUGGACGUCUUUCAGACAAGCAGCUACAGCGAUGUACUCGAACGCUUCAGAAACGUGACUUCGGACGAAGCAGAUCAGAUGGUAACGCCGAAGCAGGCUGCUGUUCGACCAGGAGAGAUGAUUGUGUUGCCAGAUGGAAUCCUGUACACCGAGAAAGCGCUCACUGCACACUCCGUGGCGUUGAAGGUACCAUCGUUCUUCGUGACGGUGCGUGGAUUUCCAGGGCUCCAGAAGUUGAAAGACGUGUUCACAGAGCACAUUGCGCUGGUCGAGCUAUGCAAGGCUUGCGAUCACAUUCUUUCUGAAACGCGGUGGAUAGAGGACCGUGCAGACGCAGCAUCGUCCCAUGAGCAUGACACCGACUGGUCGGCUGCUGCUACCUUGGACUUGGCCAAGCAAAAGCAGGAUCACAACGGUGGCGGUGGUAACGGCGACGACCUCAACCAGAAGGAUGAUGGCGGCGGCACCAGCGCCGACAACUCCAAGACAGAAACAGAUAACAACUACAAGAUGUCUGCACCUGCAUCGGCGCCGGAUGCUAUCCAGGAUGGCAUUGGUCGAGCUGGUGCUGCCGAGAAUGAAAAGCAGGAUGGCGACACCGGCAACAACGACAACAACGGCAAUAUGUUUGCGCAUGCAUCGGCAUCGGUCGCUAUCCAGGUGGACUGUGCUGUGCUUGUUGUGUCUCUCUCUCUCGCUGUGUUGAUGUGGGCGAGCAUACGUCAUGCAUGUUGUUUCCUUGCCAAACCGCCUGCUGAUGCUACACUGCUGUUCUUGCAGCAGGAUGGCAUUGUUCGAGCUGAUGCUGCGAAUGGACCAGAAGCUUCCGACAGUCGCAAGAAUACCAAGGACAUGAUCGUCUCACUCAUUCAUGAGUUUAAUGUCUAA